ACCCGCCGCCCCAGUACGGAUACAAGAACCUGGUCCCUCUCCUUGCUGAGGAAAGGACAUAAAGCCAGGUAUGCAGCCUGUUUUCAGAGUCCUGGACGUGCCUUUUGUCCUGUGUGCUUUUGCCUCUGAUCAGGAUUUUGGUUACUCAGUCUCAAAGAGCCUUUCAAGUGUCCCUUGCGGCAGCUUGAUUCUCAGAAGCUGUUAACUUUGUGACAACCACGUGCACAUCCUGGAUUACAACUCACUGACAAAAUCAGGAUGAGAAGGGAGAUCGGCCAGCCCAGCUGAGACCACUUAGAGAUGACAAAGCAAAAGCUUCUGUUUGAUGGGACACUCUCCUUACUUCUGAUUGUGACCUGUGAAGCUCAGCAGCUCCCAAAAGGUCAUGUUGCCACUAGUUCUGGUCCUCUCUGUGAGAAAGAGGCAGAGUCCUGGGGAAACCUUUUCAGUAAUGAGCGGCUGGAUGCCUGGAUCUGUUCCCUUAUUGGCUCGUUCAUGGUGGGGCUGAGCGGGGUCUUCCCCUUGCUGGUGAUCCCUUUUGAAACAGGAGCUGCUCUGCGGUCAGAAGCUGCAUCACAUCGUUUGAAGCAGUUGUUGAGCUUUGCAAUUGGUGGGCUUCUGGGGAAUGUGUUUCUGCACCUGCUUCCUGAAGCUUGGGCCUACACAUGCAGUGCAACAGCAGGAGAAGGGCAGAGCUUUCAGCAGCAGAAACUUCUUGGUCUCUGGGUGAUCAUUGGUUUCCUGACCUUCCUGGCACUAGAGAAGAUCUUUCUAGAGAAAGAAGAGAAGGAUUGCCCAGUUGUGGGCUCUGAUUUUAAAGCACCAGCAGGGAAAAUUCCCAAUGGAAGUGGCUUUUCCACUCCUCUCCAGUCUCGUUUGACAGACAAUAGGAUCAAGAUUAGUGGAUACCUCAAUCUGCUGGCCAACACCAUUGAUAACUUUACACACGGCCUAGCAGUAGCAGCCAGCUUCCUGGUUAGCAGAAAGGUGGGGCUCCUAACCACAAUGGCAAUUCUCCUGCAUGAAAUACCACAUGAGGUAGGGGACUUUGCAAUCCUACUUCGGGCUGGGUUUGACCGCUGGAGUGCAGCCAAGAUGCAGCUUUCCACAGCUCUAGGGGGGAUUCUAGGAGCCUGCUUUGCAAUAUGCGCUCAGUCACCAAAAGGAGCAGGGGAAACAGUAGCCUGGAUCCUCCCUUUCACUUCUGGAGGAUUCUUGUAUAUUGCCUUGGUAAAUGUUGUGCCUGAUCUCCUGGAGGAAAAGAAUCCUUGGAACUCCCUACAGCAAGUUCUGCUCCUGUGUACAGGCAUUACAGUCAUGGUGCUACUCUCGCUCACAACAGAGUGACCUCUGUGCAGACCUCAUGACGCCUCCCAGAGCCACCACAGUGACUCUGAGCUGACAAAGCAAUAAGGAACACUAUUGUUACUUCCUAUGUGUGCACAUGUGGAUCUGGCUGCUAGUAUGAGAAGCAGGUGAGAAAGAGGUCUGGGUGCGCAAGACUUCAUUCCCUGGCUCUCCUAUCCCUGUUCUGCUAAAAUCCCACACAUCAGGGCUUCCUUUUUUUUUUUUUUUUUUUAAAUGGAGCAAAAGAUACAGUGAGCAGAAAUGAACUGAAUGACUGCUCCACAGGGAAUGGACAAUGUUUCAUUCAUCCAUUAUGAUGGAACUGCACCUCUCAAGCUCUUGCAUGGAAACAAAUGACGCUAUCCCUGUAGCUGGUGAAGAGGAAGGACUUGUCCUACCACUCAAAGGGUUGGGGACAAAACAGGGAUGGCAAAGCAACAAUAAAUUAACAGCUUUAACCACAGCUCUACCCACCGGGAGUUAUGGUGCUAUGAAAACCUGCAUUGUAGAUAGUGGGGGAAAGGUCCCUUUCCAACUUGAUCUCUGCCUGUUCAAUGAGAUCACUUGUUUCUAAAGGUAGUAUUAGCCUUGGUAGUCCACCCUUUUGGCUUACUUUGUAUUCAUUUAUGUUGAAAUCAAGCCAGAAACUUGAGGCACUUUGGGACAGUUCACAACAAUUAAAUGGCUCAGCUUGAAGAUUACUUGCCUCAGCCUUAACCACUCCAGUAACCGGCACGGCAUAGCCGUUUAUCUGAAAAACGGUCAGCAAAUGUUUCUUCUAUUGCUAGACUAUCAGCUUACCUAUAUCUGGAAGGCAAGUCAUGGAGUUGCUGCUACUGGCCUCCCUCCCCACCUCCCUCUCCCCGUAAACAUUAGCUGAGCAUGGCUCUGAGCCUGCUCUCAAGACCUGACUCACCCACUGUCUUCCGCAAGCCAAGUUUCAGAGCUCUCUUGAGGUGGAGAGGUUGGCAUGUUAGCCCUGUUCGGCAUGCUAGAGCAGCCCUAGGCUGAGGUUUGGGCAGGGGCUGAGCACAAUACAGCCCCGUCCACCACAGGUAAUUCAAGGCUGGCUCUUCCUCUGUUCAACGUAGAGUAUUUAAGAACAUGCUAUAACCAAAAAUAUGGAUAGUAGUCUACUGGGCUUUUUACCUCACAGUGGAGUUGGUCUGUUGGGGAUGAAUGGGUAGGAAAUAAUACUGACAGUUCUUUAAAGGAAAGGACACAGCAGCAAAGAACUCAGGAAGGGUGAAAUGGGAAGGGUGAAACUGCUGGUGAAAAGAUUACAAAUGAGUCUGGAAAAGCUAAGUGUGCUAAGUAAGGAGAGAACAGGGUAUGGAAGGGUGGCAGUGAGUAUGCUUUAAGAGGAGUUUUCUGUUGUGUAUUGCUUGGGAUUCAAUUUGUUGACAAUCUGAGACCAAU